CGUUGCCAUGAAAGACCCAGUAAAGCGAUCGUGCUGGUUGAAGCCUCUUGGUGAAAGAGAGACAUAUGAAGAAACGAAAAGGAUCAUUGACAGUGGAAAAGAAAUGAUGCAGACCGAUGAAAACUGGAUUAUCCCUAAACGAUCUCUGAAGAAGGACCAGGUGAAGAGAGAGGUUGGAAGUCUGUUGGCCGACUUCUGUUCUGACUCAGAUGUCUACAUGCUGAAAAGAGAUACCCUGGGCCGCACUCGACGAUCGAGGAGCUGUACUCGUAACUGUGGAAUCUGUGCUGUAGCAGCCAAGCAUCAGCAGUAAAACAUCACUGCUUUGUGUACUUCGCUG